CUUCCACCUCCAUCCAACCUGGACUACUCAUUUAUCCAAAUCUGCACCCUGAACUGGACAUGGAACCCCCCAGAGAACAUCAGCAGUAGCUGUGACCUGGAGUAUUCCAGCGACAUCGUGAUUGAUAAUGUCCCCCAGGACAAAAGAGAAUGGAGUAAGAGCCACUUCCGCGUGACCGAUACCUUCUUGACCAAGGAAAUGCGUUUCAGAGUGAGAAGUGAAUGCAAGUACGGUAACGCCAGCAAGCCCAGCCGAUGGGUGGAGACCUCUCUUCUGCCAAAAGGUAUUCCAGGUACUGCUGCUGUUGACUUGAGCUGUGUUUGGCACAAUCUGGAGUACAUGGCUUGUACAUGGCAUCCUGGGGAGAACGCAAGCAGCGAUACCAAUUACACAUUGUUCUACUGGUUUGAUGGUUUGAAAAGCCAUAAGAAGUGCAGCAACUAUUCUAUGCACCAAGGAAUCUCUGGAUGCAUUUUCAAUCUGAGCUUCCCAAAAGUCACCAGCACUUACCCACCUAUAAGUAUUUUGAUUAGAGAUGAUUCUGAAGAAAUUAGGCCUGUGUGUGCAAAUAAAAAUCCUACCACCCUUGUAAAACCUGCUACACCAAGACAAGUCACACUGUCGAAGAUCGAUGAUGGAAUACGUAUGGAAUGGACUGAAUCGGACACUUUUCCAGAAAAUUGUUUAGUAUAUGAAGUUGAAUACCACAAUGGCUAUUUGGACACCGCACACGUAAUUAAAGUUGAAAAUAAUAAUCUGUCAAUACCUGGCAUUGAUUCCAACAGCAAGUACGUCUUCAAAGUGCGAGCAAAACCGAAGCCUGAAUGUUACAGCAGUGAGCUCUAUAGUGACUGGAGUGAAGAAAAGAGUAUUGGUGAAAAGACAGACUCCACAUUCUAUUUUGUUUUAAUAAUCACCAUUCCAUUAAUAGUAGCAGUAGCUACAAUAAUUCUACUAGUUUAUCUAAAAAGGCUGAAGAUAAUAAUUCUUCCACCAGUUCCAGACCCUAGAGAAAUGCUUAAGCGCAUGUUUGGAGAGCAGAAUGAGGAUUCCCAGGGCUCUGCAAAGGAUGAGUCUAUGAAUGCUUAUGACAGGUUAUUUAAGGAAGAAGAAAUUCAUUCCUUAAUUUUAACAGAAACUCCAGAGUACUCCAGUUCUGCAAAAGAAAACUGA